GCUGUCCCAAACCAAGACACUUGUUCUCGCGAGACAUCACGUCAUACUGCAAGCAUCGGUCGCAGGCAGGCUGAAAUCUCGGAGGAAUCUGGAAACGAGCAGAAGAGAGAAGAAGCGAAAGUGUACAAAACGUGCACGCAGUCGUGUUAAGCUACUAACGGGCGCAACAAUAGUGCGUUCUACUAUUAUAAGGUUUAUAAAAACCUGUUAGUUAGCUCCCAUUUUCGGAACUUGGAAAAAGUUGAAGUCCGGCUCGGAGGACCCGCCUCGGGCAGCGCACAAAGUGCAAUCGUUGUUCCGCAGCUGCUUCUGCAGGAAUGUCGCAGAAAGAAAGACCCGUCUUUUAUCGAGAGGAGGUCAACAAGGCAAUAUGGGAAGUUCCGGAGCGGUACAAGAAGCUAUCCCCGGUAGGCUCGGGCGCCUACGGCUCAGUGUGUUCAUCAUAUGACAUGAAGAGUGGUGAAAAGGUGGCCGUAAAGAAGCUCUCGCGGCCAUUUCAGUCCAUCAUCCACGCCAAGAGAACGUACAGAGAGCUGCGGUUGCUCAAGCACAUGAAACAUGAAAAUGUUAUUAGCCUCUUAGACGUCUUUACCCCGGCAACAUCUCUAAAGGAAUUCAAUGAUGUGUACCUGGUGACUCACCUGAUGGGGGCAGAUCUCAACAACAUUGUUAAAUGUCAGAAGCUCACAGACGACCAUGUGCAGUUCCUCAUAUACCAGAUCCUCAGAGGGUUAAAGUAUAUUCACUCAGCUGGCAUAAUUCACAGGGAUUUAAAACCUAGUAACCUGGCUGUGAAUGAAGACUGUGAGCUGAGGAUUUUAGAUUUUGGUUUGGCGCGACACACUGACGAUGAGAUGACUGGUUACGUAGCAACCCGCUGGUAUCGAGCACCGGAGAUUGUGUUGAACUGGAUGCAUUACAACAUGACAGUGGAUAUUUGGUCGGUGGGAUGUAUAAUGGCAGAACUCCUCACUGGAAGAACUCUUUUUCCUGGCACUGACCAUAUAAACCAACUACAGCAGAUAAUGCGUCUGACAGGAACACCCCCAGACUCUCUAAUAAGCAGGAUGCCCAGCCAAGAGGCUAGAAACUAUGUCAGCUCGUUGCCAAACAUGCCCAAGAGGAACUUUGCUCAUGUUUUCAUUGGUGCCAACCCACAAGCUGUGGACCUGCUGGAGAAAAUGUUGGUUCUGGACACUGACAAGAGAAUAACCGCAGCCGAGGCCCUGGCACAUCCCUACUUUGCUCAGUACCACGACCCCGAUGAUGAGCCUGAGGCUGAGCCUUAUGACCAGAGUUUCGAGAGCCGUGAACUGGAAAUAGAUGAGUGGAAACGAUUAACCUACGAGGAAGUUUGCAGUUUCUAAUCAACCGUCUUCGACGAGGAUGACAUGGAGUAAUAAAGACGUGCCACCACAGGAUCUCACACAUGUAUGUUAGUGGCAAGGACACUUGUAUUAUUCAAAUAAUCUCUAUGGUCUGAGAGAUCGUUCUUCAGAUUAUUCUCUGAGGGAUCAAUAGCAGCACAAGGGGAACAAGAGCUUGAGCAUUUGUAAACCACUAAUGUCUGGUGUUGGGCAAUGUUACUUGCUGCCAUUUGUGGAGAGAAAGAAAAAAAUCUUGCCUCACACAUUUUAAAGUAAAAUUUAGACUUUGAUGACUCAUCACUGUGACUCUAAAAUGCUGUAACCACCUAUAGCUGUUAUUUGUCAUUUAAAUUACUAUUGAGUAACUUAUGAAUGUUCUUUUAUUAUGGCUUUUCAAUCAAGACAUAUGCUCAUACACAUAGGUAUAUAUGUAUGUAUAUGUACAUAUACAUACAUAUGUAUAUAUACAUGUAUAUGUAAGGAGAAUCUGUCACAUAAGGCACAGGUUCACAGGUUGUUUUGAUAACGAUAAUGUUCAUCUGUGCGUCUGUUUUCUCCAUGGUCCUUCCAGUAUUUAUUUGAAGAGACAACUUCAGUGUUUUAUGUCUAUGUGUGGCAGUAGAUUUUACAGUUUUUAACUUUUUAGAUGUUUGUCACCUUUUUGAAUGUGCUUCUGCUGUCUUUUUAUGGUUAUCACUUGAAUUUCACACUUCAAUUAGUUUGAAUGCCCUCCGAGACAUUUUGGCAACACAUAAUCUGAGCCUCCUCCGUAGGACAAUGCUUUUCAAUGUGGCUCCUAAAAAGGAAUAUUAAUAUUUAUGGGUGAAUGUGCUACUCAGAAAUGUGUAAAUAUGUGUGCCACACAUUUUAUAACUGGAUUUGUUGUAUUUCUGUCAGGAAACAAUCACAUUUAACAUGUCGAAAACAUCUGCGAUUGCGUGUUGUUGGUUUACAGAAUUUGAAAAGUGUGAUGCUGAAACAUGAGAUAAAAUACUUUUAAGUGUGUAAAUGAGGGAUUAUACAUUUAUUUAUACUUUGUGGAGGUGGUAUUUAUAAGCAACAAUCUUAAGCUUCCUCAAUCGAUUUUUGAGUCAGCAGAUUAAUUACUAUGUGCAUUUGUUAAACAAAAUAAAGUCAUAUUUUUAAGAGCU